CGGUGUGUUCACCUGCAUGGACUCUUCCUGUGCUGCUGCUGCUGCUGCUGGUUUGUGGCUUUCAAGUGUGUUUGCUCGAAACUGGGAAAGUCGCCCAGUCCUCGCCUGUAGGCUGAACUACACCUGGGACAGCAGACUGGGAUAAAACAGCGGCAGCAAUGCGGUAAAAAAGAAGAGGAAAAAUGUCAGGAGAAGCUCCUGCAGCGGUGUGAAACCUGCCCGGUGGUUUUGUUUUAGGGUCUGUUUUUAAUUCAGUGAGUCAACAGUGGGCUCUUUGUUUUAGCUAGCGACACGUUAGCUGCUUCCGGAAAACAACCUUCACACAGAAAAUCAAAAUGAAGACAUGGAGAUAACACUGUCGACUAUGGGUCAUCGUUUUCACACUUUGAAUGGAUUUUAACUGCAGACAUGCAGACGUAGACUUGUGACCGGACAGUUUUAAAAGAGAUAAGAGGACGCUGAGCAUUUCCAGAGACGUUUGGACUGAUCUUCUUCAGCCAAUGGCGACAACAGAGACCAAAGUUCCCGGCAACAGCAGCGCCACGGGUCUGUCGUGGGCGCGGGUGUGUAAGGAGUGUGGCCAGCAGCAUGAUGGCGUGGACAGCCACCUGUAUGAGUACCAGGAUGAGGUGGAUGAUGAACUGGUCUGCCACAUCUGCCUGCAGCCCCUGCUCAGACCUAUGGACACCCCUUGUGGCCACACAUACUGCUUUCACUGUCUGAGCAGCUUUUUAAAAGAGCAGGACUUCUGCCCCGUGGACCGCCAGCGGCUGCAGCUCCAUCAGUGCCGUCCCUCCAGUCUGCUGGUCAGGAACCUGCUGGACAAGCUGACGGUGAUGUGUCCCCACUCCACAGAGUGCCAGCAGCAGAUGCAGCGCUGUGAACUGCAGCCUCACCUGCACAACAGAUGUCCUGUUUUUAGAAGACUGAGGGAGGAAGCGGAGAAAAGGAAGAGGCCCUCGUGGAAUGAGCUAAAGGGGCGCAAGAGUGACGGGGAGUCGUCUGGUGAUGCUAAACAUUCAGCUACACAUUCCCGAAAUCCCAGCAGAGAGCAGCCCGAGCCUGGGCUCAUUAAUCCUGCCUAUGAAGAAAGUGAGGAUGCAGACAACACCCCCCUGCGGUCCAGUCUGGUGGCGGAGGCCAACGUGGUGGAGCUGUUCAGAGAGGAGCCGGAGGAGGAGCUGGGCCUUCGCAUCGUGGGGGGGAAAGACACGCCGCUGGGGAACAUCGUCAUCCAGGAGAUUGUCCGCGAGUCUCUAGCAGCUCGUGACGGCAGACUGGCCCCAGGGGACCACAUCUUAGAGGUGAACGAUGUCAGCCUGGCUUCGGUCCCUCACUCCCGGGCCAUCGCCGUGCUGCGGCAGCCGUCCCUGCUCAGACUCACUGUGAUGCAGGAGAAAGGCUUUAAAUCGAGGGACCCGCGCUCUGACCCUUCCUCUUUCACCACGCCCAAUAACUCUCAGCCCUCUCACAGCCCGCACGGCAACGGUACGUCCAAUCACAACCCCAGCUCGGUCCUGCAGGUGACGCUGGUGAAGAGCCAGCGCUCCGAACCGCUCGGCAUCAAACUCAUCCGCAAGUCUGAUGAGAGUGGCGUUUUCAUCCUGGAUCUGCUGUCGGGUGGUUUGGCAGCCAAAGACGGAAAACUGAGGAACAAUGACAAAGUGCUGGCCAUCAACGGACACGACCUGAGACACGGGACACCUGAGAGCGCCGCCCAGAUUAUACAGGCAAGCGAGGUGCGUGUGAACUUCGUGGUGUUGAGGCCUGCAGAGACUCAGGAGGAAGGAGGCAGCAGCAGAGAGGGACAGCACAGCCGAGCAGCCAGGAGGCCGGAGCCGCAGUACUUCAGGCGGCGCUCCACAUACAUGAAGGAUCCUCCAGGUGGGUUUUCCAGCCAGGAGAAGAUUGUGAGCCUGAAGAAGGAGCCUCGGCUCUCCCUGGGCAUCACCAUCGCCGGGGGGAGAGACUGUCGCAGCCGUCUGCCCGUCUACAUCACCAGCGUGCAGCCGGUCGGCUGUCUGCACCGAGACGGCACCAUCAAAAGAGGAGACGUUCUGCUGAGCAUCAACGGCGUCGAUCUCACUCAGCUCACCUACAACGAGGCCGUUUCUGUGCUCAAGGCUCAGACGGCUCAGUCACAGGUGGCCCUGCGCGUCAUCCAGACGCUGUCCGAGGACCCGGAGGAGGACAUGGAGGCUGCAAAUAAGGACGAACUGGACGAUAUGGACGACCCGCGAGAUGACGCCCUCAACUGGACGCCGCUGUGGACUCGCUGGCUGGGAUUACCCAGUCCCAUGCACUGGUGUCGGGACAUCGUCCUGCAUAAGACCAACAACGAGAGCUGGGGCUUCAGCAUCGUCGGCGGCUACGAGGAGAGCCACGGCCAGCAGCCGUUCUUCAUCAAAACCAUCGUGCCUGGAACACCUGCUCACUUCGACGGACGCCUCAAGUGUGGGGAUGAGAUCGUGGCGGUGAACGGAGCCACCACAGUGGGAAUGAACAAUUCAUCACUCAUCCCCAUGCUCAAGCUGCAGAAGAAUAAAGUCACGCUGACUGUGGUGUCCUGGCCCGGGAGCCUCGUGUAGCCAAACACACCUGCACAUUCACUCUCUUUUCUCUCCGUCACCCUCCUGUAAUUGUUCAGAGCACACACAGAUCCUCGCCCUGCUCAGCUGCAUUCUCCACUGGGCCACUCGCUGUCACUCCCACAGUUCAUAGUGACGUCACGGCGUCGUUCAGCCUUUUCAUCGGUUAUGUAAAGCAGAACGUGUGUGUGUAAGAACCGACUGUGUAUAAAAGGAAGCACUCUGUCAGGCACCUGUUUGUUCCACUGUCCUCUGACACUCAAAGAGCAGAUGAUUGCACAAAAAUGGGUUUAAUCAGGGUGCAAAAAUGACGACAAUCAGUGAAUUAUCCCACGACAAACUGAAAUAUGGUUGUUUUUGAAACACCUUUUCUUCUGAAUACUUUUUUAUU